AUGCUGUCUCGGAAUACCCUCGCUGUGUGCAAACGAGGCAGAGCAGCGCUAUGUUUGCCUAUCCGCCACCGGACAUUGGCAACAGUUACUGACACGCCCGAACCCUCCUCAUCCUCGUCUUCGAACACGACACCACCAUCCACUGUUCAACCCUACAAGCCCAAUAUAAACACAGCCGUCAUCUUGAACCGCUCUCCACUUAUCACGCGAACACCUACGAAUUUCGAGCGUUCAUACUAUGCAUACCACGCACGAAUUCAGCGGGCGCUGUUUAAUCCUUUUCCAGAUGAAUUUUAUUUCAAGCAAGGUUCCCUUUUAGAAGGCAAGUUCCUGGAAGAGGAAAAGGAGCGUGACCGUCUGGCAUUCGGUGGACCACAAUUCCGCAAAGGCAAGGACGGGGACGAGAGCGUGGCUACCUCUGCACCAGAAGACUCGCUAGCAAUCGUUAGCGAGCAGAAGGAAGAGGAUUCCGCACCCAGAAUACACGAGUCCGACCGCACAGGGAACGUCAGAAGCUUGGACCGGCAAGGGGAGCGCAACCUCUACCUCUUGCUUCAAAUCAAGAGUCAGGCAGGCGCGAACAUAUGGAGGUUCCCUCAAGGAGGCCUCCAGUCAGGUGAACCAUUGCACGAGGCGGCGGAGCGAGCCCUUGAGGACAAGUGUGAUUCAAAUAUGGACACCUGGGUUGUCAGCCGGAAUCCUAUAGGUGUACUAGAACCAGACCUAGCUCAAUCGUCACAGGCGUACGUGUUCUUUUACAAGGCACACAUCUUGGCAGGGCAAGUGCGACCACAUGGCAAGGACAUCCUCGACUUUGCAUGGCUCACAAAACAGGAGAUAGAACCUCGGGUAGACCCACUAUAUUGGUCCGGUAUUAAGGACAUGCUAUCCGACUUCUAG